GUUUGGUAUUUCUGAGAAAUUGGGUGGAGAGAACCUUAGUACCUUACCGUCUGUCUUUGUCGAACAAAAAGGUUGUGGACGGUAAGUUAAUCAUUUAACGAAUUCAAACACUUCUUAUAAUUGGUCGUAACAUAUACUUAUUUGUGGCAAAAUAAACCAAAUAGUAAGAUAGUACUGCUAAUGAUCAGACAUUAGAUAACCGUCCAAUGUCAUGUACUUACUUAUAUACUUAUGUAGCCAUCAUAUAGGCCUAAAUUUUUUUAAAAAAUAUAUCUUCUGUUGCAAGAGUUUUAUUGAAGAUCUUAAGAAAGGAAAUGACACUCGCACAUAUAUGCUUAGGCAUAUAUACAUGCAUUACAUGAAACAGACAAGCAACCGAAUUUUUGGAAUACUAAUUACUUCAACUUCCUAAUCAUUGUAAUUAUUUUUUAUUGUGAGGAUAUGAUUAAGUCCAGUUAUGCUAUCUUUUUUUUGAAGUAGCGCCAUAUAGAGAUAUUAGUCAAUAUUCUAAAGUAUAGUACUUUUAGCAAUAUUAUUUUGUUGUUUUGAGAUUUAAAUAUAUUAUUACUAAAAAGCUUACAAAGUUAUUUAAUAAAAAUUUGUAGAUUAUAUUAAAACUAGAGUCCAAAAUUAAAGCAGAGACAGGCCAGUUGGGCUGGUGUUGACGUGUUGUUCAUCUAAGUGCACGACAAUUGUGCAACUAAUCUACUUUUGUUUUCUCUUCUUGUAAAAGAAAUGCAUAAAGCUUCGUUAUAAUAAGCUUUUUUACAACUAAUAUAACUUAUCGUUUUCUUAAAGUAUUUGUCUAUAAGGACUUAACGGAGUAGUACAUAGUUGUUGAAAUAUAUAUGCAUUUCGUUUAUUUUUCUUUACGAGUAGUUGUAAUUAUUGACUGAUAUAUUGUAGAUUAAUAUUUUCACGACGUAUGAAUAUGAGUAUCUAUUCAGUUUAAAAUCGUGAUAGUCUACUGGGUUUUAUACUGAUUUAACCUAAUACAUUUUAUGGAUUUGGAAAUGUUCUUAAGCUUUAAUAAGAAACUAGAAUCUUACCCGCGCGACUGCACGGAUAUUUGUUUUUAUUUUAAAUAAGUAAAAUUUUGUUUUGUAUAACUUGUAUAAUAUAUUUUUAUAAUUUACAUGUACAACAUAAUUAUUUAAUAUGAUAUUUUAAACAUUAUAAUUUUAUCUAUUACAUUGAGUAACUAUAUUUUAUUUUUUACAGUCAAUUGUAUCAUCAUUUAUCAUCAUAUAAAUUUACCGUAUUUGAUUUUCAGUGAACUUAUACAUAUAUGAAAAUAUACUGUCAAUAAUAUAUUAAAGGACUAAUUUCUACUAUAUAUUAUAUAUAAAUGAUUAUUUUAUGUAACUUUUAUUUUUUAUUUUAUACUUAUUACUAAUAAAUAAUAAGAUAUAUAACUACAUAACUUUAAAAAUAUUAUGUUCAAAAUUUAGUAAAUGGAUACCUAAAUCGGUUUAAUUUUUUUAUUUUACGUUAUGUAAGUUAAUUAGUUAUUUUAAGUUUAACAUUACCACAUUUUUCAUGUUUAUUAAAUAAUGAAACACCUGUCCACAUUCUAAAUCAAUUAUAUAUAAAUAUAUGUCGAGUUUAUAUAAGUUUAUUUGACUAAAUUCAAUGAAUUGAUAAAAAAAAACAAUAGAUACUGAAAGUUAAGAUGAAGUAACUUUUGCAGUGAAAUAUAAAUUAGGAAAGACAAAUGUUAAAAAAAUUUUUAUUAAUUACUUCAUUGGCAUUGACUUGUAAAUAAGUGGUUGUUUUAAUGGAGAGUUUAUAUUAGUACUUCUAUUUUAAUAAGUGGGGGUUAGUGGGAGAUGGAUUUAGGUAGAGUUGGUUGAUUUUAAGAAUCAAAAGAUUUGUUAAACUUAUAAAAAAUUCUAAUGAGUUUUUCAUAUUUAAAAAGUCUAUGAAACUAUUUUACUACAAUGAUUUUGAGAAUCUUGAGUAUAUAUGAAAUAUUUUGAAAGUUUUGUUUUGUGAGUUAAAAUGUUAAGAAUCAAAGUCCCAAUAACACUAGAUUUUGAUAGAAUUAUGAAUUUUUAAAAUCCAAACUUUUUGAAUAACAAUGGAUUCUAUAUGUUAUUAAAGAAUCAUCAAACCAAUAACACUUGAUUUUAUAAGAAUGUUAGAAUCCAUUAGCCAAUAACUAUAGACUUUUAAAAUUCUAACAAUCAUUAUAAAUGUAGCUCCCACUAACACCCCCUAAGAUAUAUAGAUUCACUUAUGCCCCCAAUUAAGUAGGAUUUUAAGCUUACAUCUGAUCUAAGCAUGUCUUAAUCAUAUCACUCAAGUAAAGAUCUAAGAUGAUUUAACUAACUACCCACUUACCACUAUACCAAUUUUUUCUCGCACACCUAUCAUGAUGCCCAUCACUAUAAGAAGGGGAAGUAUCGAUAUCAAUCUUUGUAUGUAAAAUAUACUCAAAAUUGAUGAUAUACUUAUUGGGUAUAUAUAUAUAUAUUUACAACAUUUGGGAAUAUAUAUAUACCCGUAUAAGGCUAUUUUGAUCAAUGAUUUCGAGUCUCAAGUGAUUAAAUUGAAUGUACAAUAUAUUUUGUUUUAAAGAAUGAAAACAACAAGGUUUACAACCAAAAAAAAAACGAGUGAAAACAACAAAAAUGCUUACCAUAGAGGGGGACCUUGCUUUUAAAUUAGCACCUCAGACAGAAGGAAAAGGUAUCCACAGGCGUAACGUGGUGGCUGCUGUAGCACAACCUAGUCAAGUAUAUAAGAGUAAAUUUAAGAGAAAACAUACAAAUUUCCAAUACCAGUGUGCUAAUGCCAUCACUCUUUAUGUGUUCAUGUUAUAAGAUGAUCUUGACGAGUCAUAUAUUCAUGUUACCAACCUGCAAGACUCUUUUGGAGAAUGCAGCCACCUGCCUUACAUUUAUAUCGUUUUCUCAGAGCCCAAUAAACAUUUCAGCCUGAAAGUUAAGAAUUGCAAAUUAUUGAACAACGUUUCUUUUUUACAUCUAUUGAACAGGGUUAUGGAGAAAAAGAUAUGGUUCAUGCUAGGGCAAAAAGAUAUGCCUACCAUUGCUGAUGCUUUUAGAAUCUUUAGGAGUUACUAAUUUAAAUAGCACUCGUGUCUUCAGCCAAUAAUUCUACGUGUAUAUGUUUUUGUUAUCAUUUAUUUAGGACGGUCUCACAGUUUUACUUAUAAAAUUCGAUGUAAAUGUUUUGCCAUCCCUUUAUUAUUAACAGAGAAACAUUUUAAAGGAGUAACCUUUAAAGUGUAACAUAUUUACAGGCAUGCCAUGCUGAAGUGGCAGCCUUAGAAUCAUUCUCAGCCUAACUAAUUAAUUCUCCUUGCUUUACUAGACUAUUUACACUAUAUGCCACUCCCAUAGAAGACCCACAUUUGACGUAUUAUUAUAAGAGAUAUGUUAUAAUUCCUUAUAUGUCUACCGAAAGAGCCAAAUAGAAAUGGUUUACUCGAUUGGGUCGUAAUUAUCACUUUCUAUAAGAAUUAAAUUGUGGUUUGCCUGCAAUACAAUAGAAAACGUACCUUGCUGAAGAUAUUAGCACAAUGUAACUAUAUGGUAUAAUAUACUAUAGAACCUACCAAAUUAUAUAAUGUAAUCAUACAUUAUAUUUACCAAAAGAACCUAUUACCCCAACACAUGAACAAUAGUCUACAAAAUUUUUGUAGGUUCUAUAGUAUAUCAUACCAUAUAGUCUACAAAUAUGUUCAUAAUAAAAAUCAUGGAUAUAGCCAACAAAUUUUUUUAAAAUUCAAAAUUUUAUGUAAUGACCAUGAUAUAUCAUUAAUCUUUUGUUAUUUCGAGUCCACAAACCAGAUAACCAUGAUAUCAAAUAGAACGAAGUCAUUGGUUGGAUAACGAGACCGAGUUAAAUUUUUGGUUUAUUAUUAAAAUGAGUAUAUGCUAAUACUGAAUUAGUAAUUUAGUAGGAAUUAUUGACGUAUCCGCUAAUACUGAAUUAGUAGAAACUAUUGACAUUUAGGAAAUUUAUAAUUUCCAUCUUUAGAUUUAGGAAAGUUAUAAUUAAAUGACUUAAUGGAAUAAAAUCAUUCGUAAAGCGUAUAUACACAAACUUGGCAAUCUUUUAUAUAGUCUUACCUAUUUUCAAGUCAAUCACGUAUAUAUUAAAGGAGACAUAGAUGUGAAACGCCUAAAUUAGUGUUUGAUUUAAAAAUGUAUAUAGACUAUGUGCGUGUGUUUAAUACAUUCCUUCUUGCCAUCUUUAGAUUUAGGAAAGUUAUAAUUACAUGACGUUAUGGAAUAAAAUCAUUCGUAAAGCGUAUAUACACAAACUUGGCAAUCUCUUAAAUAGUCUUACCAAAAAUGGCAAUCUCUUACCUAUUUUCAAGUCAGUCAUUUUUAUAUUAAACCAAGACAUAAAUAUGAGACACCUAAAUUAGUGUAUUUUUUGAAUAAGUGAUUGACAAGCAAAAUCGUGUAAAUAUUCUGUAAUGAAUGGCUACUACCCCUAUAUAAGAGAACGUUAUUCCGACCAUUUAGUCACACACUCAAUCCUAAACAUACUCAUUUAUUCACUAUGGCUGCGAUGAACUUUGUCUCUCAGUUGAAGCCUUUCAAGAACAUGUGGAAGGUGCAAGUCAAAAUAAUCCGCCUUUGGAAACAGUAUUCGGCUGCGGGUGGUGAGACUAUCGAAAUGGUCUUUGUCGAUGCUAGAGUAAGUUCAAUAUAAAAAAUGUUUAUGUUUAUUAAUCUCUGCUGCGUAAUUAUAAGAGUUACUUAUCGUUGUAUAUUUGUCUUACUAGGGAGACAAGAUUGCAUCGAACCGUGAAAAGAGAACUGGUUGAGAAGUUCAAUCGUGUGCUGCAGGAGGGUGAUACUCUAUAGGUAUGAUAUGUCUUUGUCUUAUUUAUAUAUCACUCAUUACUAUAUUUUGAGAUCGGAAUUAUAUGUAUUUUAUGUGCAGACAUUUAAAUCACGUGAGUAGCUACGAAGGGUUAUCGAAACUGUUGUUUGAACCUGAAAUUCCAGAAAUUCAAGCAUUCAGAAUGAGGUACCAUUUAAUCAUACAUGCUUCUUCGAAACUGAAUACUGUGAUUAGCUAUAUAUUCACACUGUUUUACAAACUGUGUCUGACGUAUUCUAUUGUUGAGAAUUGAAAGUGUUCCAAAUUGAGAAGUUUUUAAGACAGUGGAGAAGAUAAGAAUAAUUUUAAGUUUGGAUGUCGCUGAAAGUGUUAUGGAAGGCUUUCAGAGUAGAGUAUUAUCUUUUUCGGGAGUUUGUUGUUUUUCUAUUUGGUUUCUUCCCGCCCUACUUAUGUUGGAGAUGUGCUGUAUAUAUUUUAUAGUCCAAACGCAGUCAUGAUUCAGAGAAAUAGAUGAUAUCAUUAAUAAUACACCGUUUUUGUAUAGAAUAGCUACGGAGUGGAUAUGCGAAUAGCAAGUAUCGUUAAUUAUUGCAGAUGUAACCAAAAUACAAAAAGUAGCUACCUUUUCAAAGAAGAGAUAGAUGAGUCCAUCGCCUCACCUCGCGCAGAAGACAAUCGUAUAGAAGACUCAGCCAUUGAGAUCAAGAUUUAAUCGAACUAACCCAUCAAUCGAUGUCGGGAUGCUCAAUUACUUCAUAGUUUCACGGAAAGAAGAGUUGGUCGAUUUAGGUAAAGAAUCAAUAAUUUGGAGAGAAAGGAAAGGAAAGGAAAGGAAAUUGAAAAACCUUUUUUUGUAAAAAUUGUAUAAUAAUUGAUUUCACCGUAAAGAAAGAAUUUAUCAAUCUGCAACAGCUUUUGAUUUCAGGAUAUUAAAGAAUAAGAAAAGUAUAGUCUGCAUGCUAUUCUAAAAUUAUUACAAUAUAUAUUACAAUCUAUAUAUACCAAGUGUUUUACUACUGGAUCUCAAUGUAAAAAUACAUGCGCAUUAUCAGAGAAAAAUUAUUUAUUACGAAAAUUAUGAAGUUUUGAUUAAGAAUUUUUUUUUAUUACAUAAAAAAUCCACAAACUAUAUUCUACAAAUAGUCUAUAUAUGUUAAAAUUAUACUUUAAUCUCAAGAGUGAUAUCAUCCCGCGCAAGGCGCGGGUCUCUACCUAGUUAAUUUAUAUAACUAAUGAUACAUAUUACAUUUGUCCAAAAAUUUAUCAAUUACAUUGUGUAAAACUGCAUUAGUGAACGCUUCCUUCCCACAAUUAAAAAAAAAGAAGUAAUUCUACUCCAGUUUGGGCUUCGACUCAAAUUAGCAACAAUUAAUAAUAGCUUCACCGUUUCUCAAUCUUGACUCUUUCAACGAAUAUUCUCGCCAUAAGCUCCUGACUAUCUCUCAUCCAAUGGAUCACCAACGCCAAAGAAAACAGAGACAGAGCGAGAAACAAGACAGUAACAAAGAAAAUUAGAAACAAAAAAAAAAACACAAGGUUCUUGAAAACAAGAGUAAAUGGCCAUGGCCUGGCUAAUAUGGCCGUUCCUACUAAUAUUCCUAACAGCACUUCCCGCAAAUUCAAUAACUGAAUCAGAAUCAUUGUUGAAGUUCAAGCAGUCAUUAACCUACGCCACGCCUCUCGAUUCUUGGACACCAGAUUCAGACCCUUGUGGAGGAGUGCAACAACUAUGGGUCGGAAUACUUUGCAACAAAAACUCAGUCUUUGGCCUACGGCUCGAACAGAUGGGUCUCUCAGGAACCAUCGACGUUGCCUCCUUAAUGGACUUACCAGCGUUACGCACCUUAAGCAUAAUGAACAACUCCUUCUCCGGUGACAUACCCGAAUUUAACCGGUUAACCGGUCUGAAAUCUAUUUAUUUAUCAGGUAACCGGUUCUCUGGUAACAUCCCUUCCAACUAUUUCUCAACAAUGGUUUCUCUGAAGAAAGUUUGGCUCUCAAACAACGAGUUCUCUGGUCUCAUUCCUCUCUCGUUGGCCACUAAGUUGCCUAAUCUAAUAACGUUACACCUCGAAAACAAUCAGUUCAUUGGGAAUAUACCGAACUUCACCCAACCGAGUUUAGUUGAUGUUGAUUUCUCAAACAACAGACUAACCGGUGGAAUACCAUCCGGUUUGUCGAAAUUCGACGUGAAGAUUUUCGCGGGGAAUCCUGGCCUCUGCGGUGAGAAGCUAGCAACUACAUGCACGCAGCCAAAAGAUGCGACUGCAUCGAUUUUAAUAGACGGGACAAUGAAAGAUGCGUAUAAGACCAAAUACUAUAUAGCAUUUGGUACACUAGGGUUCCUUUUAGUGGUUACCAUCAUCUCCUUGUUCUUCAAGAAGAAGAAAAAGAGGAGAAAGAGGAGGAAGAGGACACGUCGUGCCUCUGAACAAGACAGCAAUGACGACCAACAAAUCCAGGUAAUAGUUGACGGAUCAAGAACUGGUGGCUCGAGGCAGAGUAAGAGCAGUCAAUCCGGCGAGCUGAGUGAUAAAUCAACAGGUCUGAAGGGGACGGAGACGGCGGAUUUGGUGAUGGUGAACAAAGAAAAGGGUGUUUUCGGUAUAUCAGACUUGAUGAAAGCGGAGGCUCACGUUCUCGGAAACUCCGGCGGCGGUGGCAGCCGGCCUACCAGCAGCGGAAGUGUGGGAUCUGCGUACAAGGCAGUGAUCGAGAGCGGUGGUGUCACGGUGGUGGUGAAGCGUGUGACGGUGAUGAAUCAAGUGAGUUUAGACGUGUUCGACAAGGAGAUUAAAAACUUAGGUAGCUUGCGACACAAGAAUGUAUUAACACCUCUUGCUUACCAUUUCCGACAAGACGAGAAACUGCUUGUGUUUGAAUACGUCCCGAAAUUAAGUCUGCUUCACCGGUUACACGGCGAUCACGGUGAGGCUUCUCGGUUAGAUUGGCCUUCACGGUUUAAAAUCAUCCUAGGAAUCGCGAGAGGGAUGUGUUACCUCCACAAGGAGUUAGGGUUUCUAAGCUUACCUCACGGAAACCUAAAGUCGAGUAAUAUAUUUCUCGCGGACGAGGACGAGCCACUCAUCUCCGAGUUCGGUCUACAAAGACUGAUUAACCUCGACGAUCAAGUUCAAUCUCUAGUAGCCUAUAACUCUCCCGAUGAAACCGUCUCUGCGAAGUCUGAUGUGUUUAGUUUCGGAGUUGUGGUGUUAGAGAUCUUGACGGGGAAGUUUCCGUCGCAAUACUCUGGAUUGAAUAGAGCCGGCGGGACUAAUGUGGUGGAGUGGAUUGGCUCCGCCUUGGAACAAGGUGUGUGGAUGGAUCUGCUUCAUCAUACGGUCGUAGCCGCCGCUGCUGAGGAUGAAACGUCGUCGGAGGAGAUAGAGAAUGUUUUACGGAUUGGUGUGAGGUGCACCGGAGAAGAUCCAGAUCGGCGGCCGAGUAUGGCUGAAGUCGUGGACGAACUAAUAACGAUGGAAGAUUCUAGCGACGACUUCAUCACCAUAGAAACUUAGCUUCACUUUUACUUUUGAGAUUCGAUGAGUUCCAACCGUUAGAUUUCGUGCAGAUUCACCAUUUUUGUAUUAAUUAUGAUUUUUCCCUUUUUAAAUUUGUAUAUGAUUCAAAUAUCAGUUGAGGUGAAUACAAAGGUUUCUUUUAACGUUUUGGGCAUAAUAGAUUGUUUCGCAUUUUUACUACCACUUGCAAACUUUGGUCUUAGAGAUGUGGAAGAUGUUAACAUGUUAACCAUGUUGAUGUAAAUCGAAUCAAGGUUGCGCAUAGCCUACUUUAAAGACCACACUAAAGCAACAACUAUUUGAGGAAAUGUUUACCCUAAAAAAAACUAUUUUGAGGAAAUCACAAAUAAGCUGCCUUUGCUUUGGAGCAGUCAAAAAGACGGUUUGUGUGCUGGUCCUAAUGGUGUGAAUACUGAUUUGGCAAGAUGCAAGUGCAUAUGUAAGGUCAAUGGCUAAGAAAGGAACCCGCACGAGAAGCCCUAAUUAAGAGUUGUGUUUAUUAUAUAUUGAUGCUUAAAGGUAAGAGAGCGAGUUAAAUAAUCAUAGGUUAUAACUUAUAUGAUUGAUAGAUAGCUAAAGAGAUGAUAGUAAGCAUUGUAAACAGCUAGUACUCAAAAGGUAGAAGUUAAAGUAUACAAUGAAUGCUAGUGAAAAGCAUUAGCGUAGAAUAUUUGUAAUUUCUUCUUGAAAACUCUGUUAUGAAUCUAGUUCUCAUAUCUUCUUGCAAAGCUCCAUUUUCCAGUCUUCGUUACUCUGUUCAUGAGUAAGCCGUUUUGUCAAACCUUCAUCAUCUCUUGUUAUUGUUUCUUCUCUUGAGGGAAACUCGCCGUCUUCACAUUAGCACACACAUACACACAAAUCACAAUUGCGAUUUUAUUAUAAUCACAGAAAGUCACAAAUAACGAUUCAGUAAUAAAUCUAAUACUAGUUCUAUUGUGCGGUUCCAAAAAUAUAAGAACUGUUCGAAUAUUUAUGAAUAUCAGCUUGAUUUCUAUUCGGUUUGGGGUCUAAAUGCUCAGGGUUAGUCUCAAGUUACAAACGUGCAUGCUGUAAACUUUGGUAUUAGAGACACACACCUUAGCACACGCACAAAAAACGUCAUUAGCGAUUUAACUAUCAAAGAAAUUCACAAAUUUACGUUCAAUACCAUGUUUUGUCGUCCAAUAAUAUGCCUAUAUCACGUGUUUGUGUAUACAUACGUACGUGAAGCAAAUAUUGAAAUUGUAUGACAGCUAAGCACAGCUGGAGAUUAACGGAUCGUGAAAUUAUUAUCGGUUUUUCUUCUUCUUCUUCUUCUUCCCCCUAUGAAUAAUUUAAUUAUUGCCAGGAUUUAUAGACAACAAAAUACCCAUCCCUGCAUUUGAUUAUUAAUUACUCAUACUCUAGCUACGAACAAAAAAAUAAUAUGAGCACGAAUAAAUUAUACUAUUGGGUUACUAUAAUUAUUUUAUUAAAUUCUAAUAGGUUAGAUGCAAAUCAUGCAAUACUAUAAUAAGUUAAGUGGCACUAACUAUAAAUCUAUGCACAUUGAACCGGGACAAAUACUUCUGGAUUUAGUGAAUAUCCAAACAUCAAAUCAAAAUGUAUACUAUUUUUCUAGAGUUAUAUAAUCGAUACAUCUAAUGACAUUUGCUUACCCAAUAAAUGUUUUGCAUAAAGUGAGCUGUUCACAUUCAUAUUAAUGACAUACGAGUGGCUUUUUAAUUAAUGAAAAAUGCAUUUUUAUCGAAAUCGUCAUCGGAUUGUAAUCUAUUCGCUUUUAAAACUAAAAUUUAGAUUAAAAAAACUCCAGUAAUUCUCGCACUGGCUCAAUCCAGCACAGCACCACUCGUGCAACAUUAUUAUAUUUUCUUUGUAUUAUUGACUUCAUGUUUCUCGACUGUCCCAUAUCAAUAACAAAUGAUAAUUGAUAAUGUUUCCCCACGGUAAUUUAAGGAAACUAAAUCAUGCAGUUCACUUAAUUUUAUUUACCAGAAAUUAUAGGUACUGUAUAUGACUCAACAUUAAAAGAAAGCAUAGAGUUAGGAAUGAUAAUUGUUUGUAUAAAUUUUAUAUCCACGGUGGAUAAUCCACCUAAUUAAUAUAUUAAGUAUUAACGUUUAAAACCUAGAAGAAGAAAAAGAAGAGUUGGGCUUUUUCUUUUGUUGUCUUGAGUUAUAAUUUGUUUUAUCAUCGUGAAUCUUUUUAAAAGCCAUAAUGCGUGGGAAAUCGGGUGCAAGCACGUGAAUGUCGGCCCAUUGUUGCAGUCGAAUAGUUGACUUAAUUCACAUGAUUCUGAUUAUUAAAAAAAACAUAUUUCUUUCUGUUUAACCAGAUUAAAAAACUAUAGUAGAACUUGCAUUAUUUUAAUUUGAAAAGGACUUAUGAUAAAUAGUGAAUCGUCCUGGGCACUCUAUUCUGAUCUGAAAACCCAAACCAAGACUUAAAAAACUGAUUUAAACCGGACCAAAACUUAUCUAAAUAAAUCUAAAAUCUCUAUGUCCAAAAGAUAUAAAAACGGAUUCAAACUCAAAUGAAAAAUUGAAUGUCCGUGUUUAAACCUUUAAAUUUCUAUAUAUUUAUAAUAAAAAUUAUUAGGUAAUUUCAAUUUUAUGAUAUUUUAGAUAGUAUAAAACUCUAGUGUCUAAUUUUAAAUUUAUACAAUAUAUAAUUUUAGUUAUUUCUG